GAUCAGACAGCUCUCCAUGAGCGUUACAGUUUAACCGAACUCAUUUUGCUUUCCGUGUCUCGCACUGAAACUCAGAGAAACACAGGAUUCUAAAGCAAAUUCCCAAAGAAGAUUGACUCGGUCGUGGAUCCUGUGUGCACCGGAGCAACAUAACCAGAGGGAGGAGCAGGAAGCAAACCAGAUGCUUCCCACAACGGUCCUCUUCUCAGCUGCUCUGAUUUCCACUGCCCUGGCAGGACCAUGGGCUAACAUAUGUGCCAGCAAAUCUUCCAACGAGAUCCGGACAUGUGACAGCUAUGGCUGUGGACAGUACUCUGCUCAAAGAACCCAAAGGCAUCACCCAGGUCUGGACGUUCUGUGCUCAGAUGGAUCUUCGGUAUAUGCACCAUUCACCGGGAAGAUAGUGGGCCAGGAGAAACCCUACAGAAAUAAAAAUGCCAUCAAUGAUGGUGUUCGGCUGUCUGGGAGAGGUUUCUGUGUCAAAAUUUUCUACAUUAAGCCAAUUAAGUAUAAAGGUUCUAUCAAAAAGGGGGAGAAGCUGGGCACCUUGCUGCCCCUGCAGAAAGUUUACCCUGGCAUACAGUCGCAUGUACACAUUGAAAACUGUGACUCCAGCGACCCCACGGCAUACCUGUAAGCAGAGACAAAGACCAAAUCUCCUAAACUCAAAGCCAUCUCAGAAACUGGGACAUGCCCUGCUCCUGAAGAAAUGUGCAUUCUAACAGAAACACAAUCCAUGUAAACGCUCACAAUUCUGAUUCCAACUCAUUGCCGCUCUGAGGGGUGGGGUCUGAUCUGCCUGCCCCCUAGGGGACCAGGGUGUUUUAUGGUUUUGAUUUUUAAGUUCUGGUGACUGAAAUAAACAAGUGAACUCGCA